GACAUUUGAAGUACACACCAUACUGCUGACAAAGAUGACCAGGCGAUAGAUUCCUGAUGAGCCUAGCCGUAUUCGAUAGUCACAACAUGCCUACACCUGUGGUACAGCUUUUUUGAUGUUAUCAUCAUUCCAGUCCACAUUGAAGAGAGAAAGGAAGCGAAAAGCCAUGUCCCUGUGGAGAUAGAAAGGCAGACAUUCAGGGGAUCACUCUGACCUGGCUACCUUCCCAACUGCAAAUUCCUUGAAAUUGGAGAAAGAUAAAAACUGGAUGAAUUCACCCUGGGUGCAACCCAGUCUCUUGUCACCUUUCUGCAAUAAACAGCUAGAAAGGAAAAUCAUCUGCAGAAGACAGAAACAUGAGGAUGACAUGGCGUAUGCGGCGGCGCUCCGGGACAAUCUGUCUCUCCUUGGCCUUCAUCACCAUUUUCCUCCACCUCCUCCUUGCGCUCAUCACACUCUCCAUUCCUCACCUGCCUUGUGACACUGCACUGCAACCAAAGAUACACUUAAGGGAUUUGGCACGCACCAACAACACCUCGGUGGGGGUCAGAGGUCUUGAAGAGCCACCACCUGAUCCUCUUCAAAGAGAUCCUUCCUAUCAAGACGUUGGAAGGGAAGCAAAAAUAAAUGUUCAAAGACUCCCUUACAAGCGCUUCAGAUCGAAAGAAGGAAAAAAUCCCCAGAAUAACAACACCGAGAGCGCUGCCAACAGAACUGAACGCUGGGCAUCCGACUUGUCAAAGCUCAGAGCGCUAUUUGACCAUCCACUUUACAACAUGCCCAAACCCGUGGUUCCCGAGGAUGACUGGCUUCUGAAGGUGAAACCAAAGGUCAAGCCGAGUCAAAGGAGCACCCAGAUGUGGGAAAGCGACACCCAGGAUGGAUAUGAUGACGCUCAGUGGAAUAGUAGCAGUAGCAGCCAACCUCCGUGGCUACGCUUCCAUCUGGGCAUCACACGCUGGGAGCUUUACCCACACCGUGACCCCAACAUGGAGCUUUUAACCCAGCAGCUGGCCACACAUCGUAUCGUCAGUGCAGAAGUCUGGUGGGACACAACUGAAGCUGGUUAUGACAUUUCCUAA